AUGAAUAAGCCUUGUUUUCUCAACACCCGGCAGUCAGAGCAGCGGUACUUGCAGCCGCACUUGCGGCUGUUGCUGUUUCUGCUGCUGCUGCUGCUGGAGCUCCGUUAUACUGCUGCUGCUGCUAUAGCUCCUGCUGCUGCAGCUCCUGCUGCUGCAGCUCCUGCUGCUGCUACUGCUGCAGGCCGCACGCUGCUAGGAAGCUAUUUGCUAUAUGGAAGCCCCUGCGGGUCUGCCUGUGCUGCAGCUGCAGCAGCAGCACCUUCGAGAGCAGCAGCAGCAACAGCAGCAGCAGCAGCAAAAGCAGCAGCAGCAGCAGCAGCAACAGCAGCAGCAGCAAGCGCCACUCCAUCUGCUGGCUUGAUGCAUAUUUUGGGGUCUCCUAAAUCUCUCGCCUUCACCCUUCUUGCAAGCAGCAGCAACGCCAGCAGCAGCAACAACAGCACGAGAAGCAGCAGCAACAGCAGCAGCAUCAACGGCAGCCGUAGCAGCAGCAUUAACAGCAACAGCAGCAGCAGGAGCAGCAGACGCUUUGGAUUUUUGCAGCGCAGUCCCGAGGUGAGGCCAGCAGCCAUUCGUGCGGCUGCUGCGGCUGCUGCUGCUGCUGCUGCUGCUGCUGCUGCUAGGGAGUGCUGCCGCCUCAGCGCCAGCAUACAGCCGACUACGGGCGACGCGGAGCAGCAGCAGCAGCAGCAACAACAGCAGCAGCAGCAGGAGUUGCUGCAGCAAGACAAGUACAGGAUGUUGAUCUUCAGUGAGGGUACAGCUGAGGAGAGGCAGAAGUUGUGGGGUGAGUUGCUGCAGCAGCAGCAGCAGCAGCAGUGCAGCACGGGUCUUGUAGGUAUGCAGAGCGGCUCGUUGAGUGCAGCAGCAGCAACAGCAGCAGAAGCAGCAACAGCAGCAGCAGGAGACCAGCAGCGUCUCCGUGGAUAUGCAAUAGAAGACGAAGAUUUUGUUGCUGCUAUGCCUCCCGGUCUGCCUGCCCUUCCUGCUGAGUCUCUGCAGCAGCAGCAGGAGCAGCAAGACCCGCAGCAGCUGCAGCAGCAGCAGCAGCAGCGGCAGCAGCAGCUUAUUGAAGAGCUCAAACGAGGAGAGAGACAGCAUAUUGUCCCCAGAGGACUGCUGCCUCGAAUGAAUAUCAACCAACUAAUGCUAGCAGCAGAGAAGCGGGUGCUGCCGCAUCCACAUUUAUCUCUGAUGAUAUCUGCUGCUGCUUUUAUUAUAACUCGCGAGGCUCUCGGCCCCUGCUGUCUCCCCACAGAUGCCUUUGUUAUUCCUGCCUUAGCAGCAAACCCUACUGCUGCUGCUGCUGCUGCUCCUGCUGCUGCUGGUAGUAGUAGUAGUGGUGAUGGUGGUGGUGCAGCAGCAGCAGCAGCAGCAACAGCAGCAACAGCAGCAGCAGCAGCAGCAGCAAAGCCUUAUGUUGGGACACCUCUUAAGGACUGGGAGUCUUUCCCGUGGCCGCGGUAUCUUGAGGGGCUUCGUCUAGGCGAACAAAUGGAGUCGCUGCGUUACGGGCGCGAGGUGGUUGAGAAAGAAAUGCCGGCACUCGCUAAAGCCCUCAAAGACUUGGCAACAGCAGCAGCAGCAGCAGCAGCAAAGCCUUAUGUUGGGACACCUCUUAAGGACUGGGAGUCUUUCCCGUGGCCGCGGUAUCUUGAGGGGCUUCGUCUAGGCGAACAAAUGGAGUCGCUGCGUUACGGGCGCGAGGUGGUUGAGAAAGAAAUGCCGGCACUCGCUAAAGCCCUCAAAGACUUGGACUUUGAUUGGAGACAGGGAGCAACAACAGCAGCACGUGUGCAGCGAGAAGCCGAGGAGUUUGAGUUGCUGCUGCUGUCUCUUCCUGUUUAUUUGGCAUCUCGGCCUUCUUUUGGGUCUUCUUUUCGGGGUCCCCCCUCUCACUUUGUGGUGUCUGCAGCAGCAGCAGCAGCAGCAGCAGCAGCAGCAGAGGAGACACCUGGAGUUGGGGUGUAUCCGCAGGUGACGGUGGGUUUUCGUCUUGGGGCUGCAUGCAGCGCAGCAAGACAGAAAGGAAGAUAUUUAUAUUUACCUGGGGCUCUUAAGAGAUUAGAGACAGAAGGCAGGCUGCCGCUGCAUGCAAUACCUGCGCUGCAACGAUCAAGAGCAUCUCUAGAAGACCUCAAACACUUGCUGCAACAGCAGCAGCAGCAGCAGCAGCAGCAAGAGCAGGAACUGCUGCAGCAACCAGUACAAGAGGCGCUGCCGGGAGAGGCUAAACAGCUGCAGCAGCAGCAGCAGCAGCAGCAACUGCCGCCAGACAUUCUGAGCCUUCAGAGAAGUCUAAGAGGGGAAGAAGAGGACAGCAACCAGCAGCAGCAGCAGCAACAGCAGGUGCAGCAGCAGCAGGGGGGCAGCGACGAGGAGCUGCAGGCAGCAGCUGCAGCACUUGAAAAAGGUGCUGAGUUGGAGGCAGCGCGGCAGCAGCACAACUUGGCUUCACUCCCAAGUGCAACAGCAGCAACAACAGCAGCAGCAGCAGCAGCAGCAAGUGCUGCAGCUGGAGAAGCACAGAGAGACGCUCUCAUCUCUGACUUCGACUUUGGGGCAGAAAAGGAGACACCUGCAUUCGUUUUACCGAGACCUCCCCAUCCAGCGGUUCGUCGCGUGGGUCUGCGGCGUCAGCUGCUGCAGCAGCUGCAGCAGCAGCGGCAGCAGCAGCAGCAGCAGCAAUAUCCUUUUCCUUUAUAUUCAAGGAGACAAACAGAAGGAGGCUAUCAUUAUGCCUUCGAUAUCUGGUCUUGGGAUGACGUUAUAGAGGCAAUGCAGUACUUCAACGAGAAAAUAUCACUUCUAUACGGAGCCCUUGGCGCACCCCUGAGCAGCAGCAGCAGCAGGAGCAGCAGCAGCAGCAGCAGCAUCAUGAUGAUGAGGCUGAUCUAUGGCCUAAGGAGUGGUGGGCAACGGAAGCAGCAGCAACAAGAGCAGCAGCAGCAGCAACAACAACAGCAGCAACAGUACCAGCAGCAACAACAGCAGCAGCAACAACAACAACAACAGCAACAGCAGCAGCAACAACAACAGCAGCAGCAGCAGCACCAACAGCAGCAGCAGCAGCACCAACAGCAGCAGCAGCAGCAGCAGCAGCAACAGCAGGCAUUGUUUGUUUGUUUGCUGCUGCAGGUGGCUCUUCUUCCGACAGCACCCAAUCCUGCAGUUAGAGAGAGAGACUGCAAGACAACCACUGCUGCUGCUGCUGCUGCUGCUGCUGCUGCUGCGGCUGCGGUUGUUUGCUGA